AUUUUUGGGGUCACUCGCUCCUUUCAGUAUAGGCUAGCUGUAUCGACUUAAUUAAAACUGGAGAGAAAGCAAUCUGAAAAAUAUGGGAAGACAGACAGAGAUGUCGUCCACAAUAAACCUAUUAUUUGCAGUAAUUCUCUCGUUUCUUGUAUCUUCCCUGUACGGUCUUACGGACACCAUCGCCUUCAACCAAACACUCAAAGAUGGGGAUUUAUUAAUCUCCGGUGAAAAGUCUUUCGUUCUUGGUUUCUUUGCACCGGAAAAUUCUUCCGGCCGGCGAUAUGUCGGAAUUUGGUACCAGAGAAUCCCUGAACAAACAGUUGUUUGGGUUGCUAACAGAGACAGCCCUGUUAACGGCACAUCCGGGAUCCUCUUCAUUGAUGCCACCGGAAAUCUUGUCAUCCAAGACAAGAAAACCAAUGUUUCUGUCUGGAACACCAGUCUUUCUUCUCCGGUGACGGGGAUAAAAGCUUAUUCUGCUCAGCUUCAGGAUACCGGGAACCUGGUUUUGUUCCGGGAUAGGCGGAGUAUAAAUUGGCAGAGCUUUGAUUAUCCCACAAAUACUUUACUUCCUUUCAUGAAGUUUGGGGUGGACAAGAAAACCGGUCUGAACCGGCAUCUUACGUCGUGGAAGUCGCCGGGCGAUCCGGGGACCGGUGAGUAUGAAUUCAAAAUGGAGGUGAACGGGACGCCACAGGUGUUUCUGAACCGGGGUCCGGUCCGGGUUUGGAGAACCGGUCCAUGGAGCGGAGUUGGAUGGAGCGGCGUGCCGGAAAUGUCGCGAAACUACAUCUUCAACCUCGACUACACCGAAAACGAGGAUGAAGUGACGAUGAGUUACUGGAUCCGGGACCCGUCGGUGCACUCAAUCUUCGUGCUGAACGAGUCCGGCAGGGUGAACCGACUGACGUGGCAAGGCGACGACGUGAACAAAUGGGUCGGGUUCUGGUCGGCGCCCAAGGACCAGUGCGACGCCUACGCUCACUGCGGCGCGUUCAGCAAAUGCAACACCUUCAAUCCGGGGGCGUUUGAGUGCACUUGCCUCCCCGGAUUCCGGCCAAACUCCAGCCGCGAAUGGUACUUGAGAGACGGCGUCCAUGGCUGCCGAAGGAACAACACAGACGUCUGCCACAACCGCGAGGGCUUCCUGUUGUUGUCACACAUGAAGGUCCCGGACACUAAAAUGGCGCGGGUGAACAAGACCAUUGGGCUGAAACAAUGUGAAGAGCUCUGCCUGAAGAACUGUUCCUGCACCGGAUACGCCAGCGCGAAUAUCAGUGCAGGCGGAAUGGGGUGCAUAACUUGGUAUGAUGACUUGAUAGAUAUCAAGGAAUUCACAAAUGGAGGCCAAGAUAUCUACAUUCGAGUCUCUGCAUCUGACUUAGUGAAGAAAUCUAAAGGGCUUCGCGGGAAAAGGCUCAUAGUCACUAUGAUUGUGCCUAUUGCAGCAGUGAUUCUUAUGUUAUGUUGCUGUUUGGUAAUGAAAAUCAGAAAAGGUAAGAGACUACAAAGCAAAACCAGUUUACAAUCCGAAUGGUCGUCUGAAAUGGGGAAAGAUGUGGAUGACACUGCACCAGCGGAUGUGUUAAUGUAUGAUCUGAACACCAUUAGAGCUGCCACUGACAACUUCUCUGCUGCCAAUAAACUCGGGGAAGGUGGAUUUGGUUCUGUUUACAAGGGAAAGUUGCAGAAUGAACAACUAGUAGCUAUCAAAAGGCUGUCGAAAACUUCAGGCCAAGGGAUGGUGGAAUUCAAGAACGAGGUUACGCUAAUUGCCAGGCUCCAACACAGAAAUCUUGUGAGGCUUUUAGGAUGCUGCAUCCAACAAGGAGAGAAGAUGCUGGUGUAUGAAUACUUGCCUAACAAAAGCCUGGACAGUUUCAUAUUUGAAAAUACAAGUGGGAUAUCUCUAGAUUGGAAAAAGCGUUUUGAAAUCAUCUUGGGGAUUGCUCGGGGGUUGUUGUAUCUUCACCAAGAUUCUAGGUUGAAAAUUAUUCACAGAGAUUUAAAGGCCAGCAAUGUUCUGUUAGAUGCCUCCAUGCAGCCGAAAAUAUCUGAUUUCGGGAUGGCCCGGAUUUUUGGAGGAGACCAAAUGUACGCAAAUACAAAUCGAGUAGUCGGGACAUAUGGCUAUAUGUCUCCAGAAUACGCAAUGGAAGGUCACUUCUCAGUCAAGUCAGACGUUUUCAGCUUCGGUGUUAUGUUGUUGGAAAUCGUGAGCGGAAGGAAAAACAAGAACCAGUUCAAUGAAAACUCCCUGAAUUUAAUAGGAGAUGUAUGGGAUUUCUGGAGUGAAGAAAAAGCAUUGGAAAUAGUGGAUCCAUCGUUAGCAGAGUCAUAUGAUGGUGGAGAAGUUCUAAGGUGCAUCCAUGUCGGUCUGUUGUGCGUUCAAGCAUUUCCAAAUGACAGACCAACUAUGUCAGAAGUGGUGUUCAUGUUAAGUAAUGAAACGAAUCUCCCUCAUCCUAAUCCACCGGGAUUUAUAUUCAAACAUGGCAAUACUGCUCAAUGCUCAUCCUCAAUGAGUGCUGGAAAUCAAUCUGUCAAUGAAGUGUCAAUUACCAACAUGGAGGGUCGCUAAAUGCUCAAAUUGGUUCGUGUGUGGAUAGUAUUUGGGCUGUGGUGUUGUAUAUGUAGUGCAUAUAAAUAAGGUUAUUAUUAGUAUUGGAAAAUUGGGAUUAGUGUAAAUGCAGAAGCUUCAAAUAAGUCAUCAUCUGAAUUGCACUGGGAACUUUUGUUCAUGGAGCUAUAUUUUUCAUUAGAGAUUACAGUACAAUAUGAAGAUAAUGUAAGGUUAUAGAGAAUUGAAGUUAUUAUAUCUCACUUAA